UGCAAGACACAAUAUCUUGGAAUGUAAGUUUAAUUAUAUCGAGUUGUGCCAGGCGAUGGAUGUUUGAACAGUUUAUGUUAUUCAUUCGCGAUGGAGAGUGAAAAUAAUAAAAUUGAUGUUCCAUCUCGCUACUCUGUGGAUUCUACUGACAGUAGUGGUGGAAGUCCUGUAAUUCAACGGAAUAAAAAUAGGCUUUCAAACCUAUGGCGAUCGCGAUCUCUCCGUCAUAGCAAGAAAAACAGCGUUUCUAUAUUAGAAGCAAUACCAUCAGUGGAAAAUCUCGACACCCAGUCUAAUGGAACUGUAAGCACGGAUGUAAGCUAUGCGGUUGAAAAAUUAAAAAAGAAAGAUAUAAAAGACACAAUCGUAACAAUUGUUCUCGUAGAGGCCAAGGGCCUACCCAGCCCUCCGGACGAUGGCACUACUCAUGGUCUUUUCUGCAAAAUGCGUCUUGGCUCCAGGACUUUCAAAUCUAAAAUGGCUACAAAUAUCAAACUGCCUGAAUGGAAGGAAAAGUUUGAGAUUCGACUAAGUAAAGAUCAUUUACUUAGGAUGUCGUUGUGGGACAAAGGAAGGCAGAAAAAUUUUAUGGGAAGCUGUGUUUUAGAUCUGUCUGGCCUGUCUAAAGACCGCACCCAUGAAAUAUGGCAGCAACUCGACGACGGCUAUGGGUCUGUACACUUGUCUAUUACCAUGUGCAAUAUACACAACAACGUGAUAACUUCCUACAGCAGCGUCGAAGAAAGUGAUCAUGUGAAAGAAAAGAAAUACACAUUACGCAAUCUGGGCUCUGACUGGAAUAUAAUAGGGCAACUUCACGUGAAGGUAACGUGUGCCAAAGGUUUACCCGGCAAGCCCAACGCAUACUGCACCCUGGAAGUGGACAACCAAAGAGUUCAAACUCAUAGUGCCAGGACUAGUGGGGAUCCAUCGUGGGAGAAAAGUUAUGUCUUUGAUAUAUACGACAUCUCAUCCACUUUAGACCUUAAAGUGUACGACAGCUCUCUUAACCAAAUUCGAAACGAAUCUUUAGGAAGGGUGUCCAUACCGUUGUUAAGGAUUUCAAACAGAACAUUACAAUGGUAUGCUUUGAAGGACAGGACAAAACGACACAGUGCCAAAGGAAACUGCCCAAGAGUUUUGUUGGAUAUGUCCAUAUUUUGGAAUCCGGUAAAAGCGACAGUUCGUCUGUUCCAACCCAAAGAAGUGAAAUAUCUUAAAAAGCCACCAAAAUUUGACUUGGGAUUAGUACACAGUAACAUGGAGUUCAUAAGAGAUACAUUUCAGGUUCUUUACGAUACGAACGAAAACUUUAAACGUUUGUUUGAAUGGGAUAACCAGGAGUUAUCUUUCGUGGCUUUACUGGGAUGGCUAUUUUUCUGGUACAACAUUACACUUUGGGGCAUGCCGCUAGUGUGUCUACUGCCUUUUCUCUAUCAUUGGGCUUAUCGACGAAAUCAAACUGAAAAAUCUUUCAGACAUGUAUACAAACCAGUUGAUGAUAAGACAGACAUUAGUGAUGUUGAAAAGGAUGAUAAUAAAGCAAUAACACUUGGAAAAAUUCAAGGACUUCCUGAAAUGACGUUAAAAAUAACGAGUGGAGUGGAAUAUAUGGUCAGCUUAGCCGAAAGAAUGUACAAUUUGGUGACUUUUAAGGUUCCGUUUCUGAGUUAUUUAGCUAUGCUGUUUUUGUUGAUUUCGUCAAUGGCAUUGUAUUGUAUACCGUUCAACUACAUGAUGAUGGCUUUUGGAAUAUACAAAUUUACUAGAAAAUAUUUAGACCCAGGAAGGAAACUAAACAACGAUUUGCUAGACUUCAUUUCAAGAAUACCGGACAACGACAUUUUGAGAGACUGGAAAGAGCUGAGUGUUCCGGAGCCAAUGCAAAAUCAAAAUUCAAAAACGAAGAUGCCGGUGUUUAGGUCGUUUAGCGCGUCAUAAUAGAUGCCAAAUAUUAUUUAAGACGAUAUGUGAAACUGGGAGUAUUUACUCCCAGUUUCAAGCUUUGGCCACAUUAGUUAGUAAAAAAGCAUUUUGGCUAUUUGUAAGACACUUUAGAACGCCUAUUAGAGUUUUAUACCUUAGCAGCUAUACCAAUAGUUCCUAUAUUUGUACUGGGAUUUAAUGCCAUAGAGUUCAAGGAUUCCAAUGAACAGGGAGGAUUCAGUGAUCUCUUACUUACCUUUAGUUGUAUGGUGUAAAUUAUAUUCUUUUAUUCCUUCAGGAUUUCCGUAGAUGGACUUCAGUAGAUGAAAUUUUAGCUGCUUUAUUUAAAUCAGGGUCUACCGUUAGAUUAGGUGGGUAUAGUUGAAAGUUUCGGAGAUUCAACAACAUUACUACUUUUUUAUGAUUCAGACCAAAGACACGUCGUUGACGCAAUAAAAAUCUUUACCAAAGACACUACUGCGUCCUGUUAGUUGAGGUAAAUUAACUCUUAAACUAAGUACCUAGUUUAUAGUCUUAGAUUAAGUUAUCGCUAGGCAAUAAUAAAUGACCUUGUAAGUAACUAACGUUCUAUUUAUGUAUCUAAUAUUUAGAUGAAAAAUAUGUAUUCGUUAGAAUUUCAACGGGGAAAAUAAAAUUUAUACGAAACUA